AAACAUUGGUACAAGGAGGCACCAAAUAGAUAUGUGCCACGUAAAUCAUUCGAUUUGUGCGAGGGCUGGGAUACUGCCCGGGUGCCAAAACCGAAGCCGGUAGUUUAGAUACUGUAACACUUAUAUCUAAUUAGGGAUAUAUAUAUAUCAGCUUCAGCUGGCGAUAGUCACUCGUUUCCUAAGAAAAUAUAUUAUUUCUGACAGAUCGUUUACUAGUAUAAUAAAUUUCUGAGUAAAUUCGACAAUUUACGUUCCGAAUAACGGAUUUAGGAGGAUCAAGGUUUGUUCCAAAGAAAAAGAUCCAAGGCUUCUAAUUUAUUGUUGUCUGACAUUUGACUAUCCUACCAAUCAUAGACAAGUAAUACAUUCAAACCAUUCUAGAUAGAAAAUAAUACAUUUUUGUUACAACCUUCUUAGUAAAUAACUGACUAUUAUUAAGUGAAAUAGUGUUAUAAAUCCAAAUCAUUUGUGAAAAUCUUAAGUAUGACUUCGACUCCAGUAUACAUUUUUUGUGUUAUUUGUUUGUUUCAUAUUUUUUAUUUUUAUAACUCAGCAUAUAGGCAACUGGAGAUGUCAGACGAUGUUAAACUUUCUACCGAGCUUAACAAAAUCGUUUUGUCGGAAAAAUGUCAUAGUGAAAAGAAAUUUCAACCAAUUGAACCUCUAUUCACAGAUACGCAAAAUGGAAUCACUUUUCGGCAGUAUAUUGGCGAAUCAGAUCUAAACAGUAUUAUCCAUCUCAUUGCUAACGAUCUCUCCGAACCUUAUUCCAUAUAUACUUAUCGAUAUUUUAUAUACAACUGGCCCAAACUGUGUUUAUUGGCUAUUAGUGAAGACGGAACUUGUGUGGGCACUAUUGUUUGUAAAAUGGAAGGUAGUAUAGAAACUGUUCGAGAAGGAUAUAUAGCUAUGCUUGCUGUUGAAGAAAAUCACCGUAGAAUUGGCAUUGGAUCACGAUUGGCUCAACUUGCAAUCGAACUUAUGAUUCAAGAUAGGUGUGAUGAAAUCUCUUUAGAAGCAGAAGUUGACAACAAAGCAGCCCUUUCACUUUAUGAGCAGCUGGGAUUCUACAGAGAUAAAAGGCUUCUUCGUUAUUAUUUAAAUGGAAGAGAUGCUUUUCGGCUAAAAUUGUGGCUUACGCCACGUAUGACCAAUGGUCUUUUAUAG